AUGCCUGAGGCUGAUUCUAGGAAGCAAGAGGACGUCCGGCCCAUCGACGCAAUCUCCCAGCUUGUUGCUAGCUUUGAUAACCGCUCCAAUCCGACGAAAUCCAACCGACAGCGCUUGCGCCAGAACUCUCAAAGUUUGCCUUCAAGCCGCGAUGAAAAGUUUACCUGCCCGCCAAUUCAGAGCCCUAGAGACGUUUGUAGUUCUGGUACCUGCAUGAAAAGGGUAGUUGUCACUCCUAGUGGACGCAAGGGCGAGUUCUGCAGCAAACACACCUGCAGAGCGAGAGACGUGAAUUGUCUCAUGGACACUUAUACCCCAAGGUUUCCAAGACAACUCUCCAAAUUUUGCCAAAAUCACAUUUGCGUCUACAAUGGAUGCACGGCAAGGGCGCUUGGUGUGGGUGGGAAUCUCUGCGAGGAUCACCGUGUGGCUCAACGGACAAAGGAACCCCAGCGCAACCUGAGUUUUCGUGAAAGGGCUGAACUUGCUGGGUGA